UACGGUUGCUUGUACCUCCUUUUCGAAGCAUAUCCAGUCGUCUUUACUGAGGGUCACCACUUGAACCUCGGCCAGUCUGGGCUGGUGUUCUUGCCUCUACCUAUCGGCGGUAUCAUCUCUGUCAUUUUGUACAUUUUGUUCGUCAACCCCCGGUAUGCCAAAAAGGUCGAACAAUAUGCUACUGCACCUGUGCCUCCUGAAGCGCGUUUGGACGUUACCCUGUUUGCUGCACCAUUGUUUGCGAUCUCGUUCUUCUGGUUUGCGUGGACAUCCUACCCCAGUAUACCGCUUUGGGCUCCAUUGAUGGCUGGAAUACCGCUGGGCAUUUCCAUUUCCUGGAUUUUCCUUUCUCUACUCAACUACAUCAUCGACGCAUACCUGAUCGCCGCAGCCUCUGCGCUCUCUGCGAACACCAUCGUCCGCAGCUGCUUCGGAGCUGGCUUUCCGCUAUUCGCUACUCAAAUGUAUGAGAAACUUGGACCACAGUGGGCGUCGACGCUGCUCGGCUGCAUCGCUGUGAUUAUGAUCCCGAUCCCGUUCGUCCUCAUAAAGUAUGGUACCAAGUUGCGCGCCAAGUCGAAGUUCGCA